AUGGUCACACCGACUUCAGUUGAGGAGCACAUCGCUCUUGAAAAGGAGAAAGAACAUGUGGUACAGAAAAAGGAAACACUGCCAAAACUAGAAAUUCGACUUUCAUUCCCUCAAAGAUUAAGAAAGGAAGAAACUGAAAAACAAUUCGAUAAAGUUCUUGAUAUGCCGACAGACGCCAAGUUCAUGAAGGAGAUUAUGUCAAAGAAGACAAAAAUUGGCGGUGAAACAGUGAUGCUGACCGAAAAGUGUAGUUCUAUCCUACAUAGGAAGCUGCCACCGAAGCUCAAGGAUCUUGGAAGCUUCUAUAUCCCUUGUGCUAUUGGAAAUAGAACUUUUGGGAAGGCCAUGUGUGGUCUUGGGGCUAGUGUAAGUCUUAUGCCUCUUUCCAUAUAG